AUGUGUAAAUCAAAAUGGGAAGGUGGUAUGGAUUUUAGAGAUCUUCAUGCUUUCAACUUGGCGAUGUUGGCAAAACAAGGGUGGCGAAUGUUAGUAGAUCCAUGCUCACUGAUGGCUCGUUUGUACAAAGCAAAGUACUUCCCUAACAGUGAUGUCCUAAGUGCAAAAAUAGGGAGCAACCCAUCCUAUGCUUGGAGAAGCAUACAUCAAAGUCUAGAAGUAUUGAGACAAGAUACGGAUACAAAACGAUGGAGGAGGGAUAGACUGGAAAAUAUUCUCCUGCCUUUUGAGGUGGAAACAAUACUUAACAUCCCUAUUAGUUAUCAUCUUCCCGAGGACUCUAUAAUCUGGUUGGGUAAUAAGAAAGGGUCAUUUUUAGUGAAAAGUGCUUAUUACGUGGCUAAAAGGAUCCUAGAAAAAGAAGACCAUGGUGAAUCUUCUCUGGGUGAUGUGUGUGCUUCGCUAUGGAAGAGGAUGUGGCACUUGAAUAUUCCGGGAAAAAUUAGAAUAUUUGCUUGGAGGUUAUGUAUGAAUGCAAUUCCCACAUUGACCAAUUUGUUCAAAAAAGGAAUCCAAAUGGAUGUCACGUGCCCCAUUUGUAAAAAAGAUCCUGAAACAGUUGAGCAUGCCAUUAUAAGUGUUUCUGCUAAGGCAGUGAACCAGGUGGUGAAUGAGAAUGGUGGUGUUGUUGCUGAACUUGUUUGGGGAUUGGCUAUCCGUUUGAUAGAAGACUUCAAGGAGGCAAAUAUUCAAAUAAUAGAGAAAAAAGGGACAAAGGAUAGGGCCUGGAAACCUCCUCCUAAAGAUGUUUAUCUUAUAAAUGUGGAUGGGGCAAUACCAGCUAAGGAAGGGAACUCUGGAAUUGGAGUCAUAAUUAGAGAUUGGAAUAAUCAAGUUGUUGCAGCUUUGAGUAAGCCCCUUUCGGGUAGAUUUGCAGUGGAAGAGACUGAGGCAAUUGCUAUGGAGCAGGGCAUUGUUCUCGCUAAGGAGUUGGGAUUAAAUCAAAUCAUCUUGGAAGGAGAUUCAAUGCAAACUGUUCAAGCAAUAUGCAACAAAGAUGUGUGGGGAGUUGCAGGCCAUAUAAUUCAUGGCAUUUUGGAAGGAAUGAAUGGUUUUAUUUAUGCAGAAGCUAGAUACAUUUGCAGGAAUAGCAACAAAAUAGCCCAUGAGCUAGCUCAACAGGACAAAAGAUCAGGAGAGGAAUGUAAGUGGUUUGAUGAGGUCCCUGAGAAUCUAGCAAGUUUGUGUAGGCUAGAUGGGAUCUAA